CCCAACCUACGUUGCUCCACGCCACACAGUUUCUGCAUCAUUUAUUUGAUGAGACGCUGUAAUGUUGUUUCAUUUUCUCUCUGAGCUUCCCAUCGUCUAAACUAUCGAUACCCAUAUCGAGUUUUUAAGCGAUGUCCAUUCUUUUGCGUCCGAAAAUUCGAUAAAUAGAGGAUUUUCGGAUUUUCUGUCAUCAUUAUCCUUACUCCUUUGCGUAACCGUUCAACUAAACCAGAAUAUUUGAUGAUUAUUUCCUUUUUUUUUUUUCUUUUCCUCUUUCCCUUCCUAAGGUUCCUAGGGAUGGUAUUUUAUCCAUUCGCUGAGAAAUUCAUAGCAGAUCAUCUAUUCUCUAUAAUCCCUGUGAAAGAAUCUCAGUCAUAGAUCCGGUGGAGGAAUGGUGGCGCAGAUAUAGAAUCACAAUAUACCCGAAACUGGAGCCCUCAUUAGCAGACACAGAAGAGGAGAGGCCUUGAAAGUGCUACUUCCGAGAACAGUCACACUCGGGCUAGAUAGUGCAUAAUGUCUUUGCUUGCGGUAGGACUGGAUGGGAGCAUAGAAGACCACAACAUGCAAGAGCCAACACAGACGAGAAGCCCAAAUUCUAGAACCAUAGAUAAAUGUGUCAACGGACCUGACCCUCCCGCCACGCGACAUUCCCCGCGUCGCGGAAUCGCUUGUCCGGAGCCUCCGCCUUCAGGUCGUCGACCCGGCCAUCGAGCUGCAACCCGGUCUUCUGAGCCCGCCUCGUCCUCUCCAUUAUAUUGUGGUCGCGCUUACUCCAAGGACAACCAUCAACCUCGCCCUCAUCCUCAUCCCCAUACUCUCCCACAUACUCAUCCUUGUCCUCCUUCUUCCUCUCCGCUAAGCCACUCCCCGUCUCCGAAUCGCACUUCCCACGGAGAUCCGUUCGUGGCCCGAUCCCAAUCUCAUUCAGGCACGUCCUUCCCGCUUUCUCACCAGCCAAGCCGCUUCCGUGAGCAACAAUCGCCCGUGUGUCCACUUGUUUCUCCGGGAGACGAUGCCCUAGAGAGGGCUAAUUCUGGGCUCCGACCGUCCUCAUCGAGUGAAGUCAACGUAGAAGUGCAAAGUUCUCCGCCCCACUCGCCUUCGAACUUUCCUGAAGGGUCUAGUGCUGUCCGGCCUGAAUCGAGCCUUGACGGCAUGGCCGAAUUUCCACACGGGCAGCCUAAUGGCGAAAUAUCGGGAGGCCAAAUCUCUACAGCAUCCUACAACAACUGGAAUAUACCGACAACGGCUCUCGAGGCCGGGGCAACCGAUAGAACUGCCCUGCAUCCUUUUAGUGCUGUCCAGUCCACCCCGGAACCGCAGCUGGGCGACAGCACAACUUCCAAUGGCGCUUCCCGUGAAACUGUUCCCGAAAAUAACAAUCCCCAAGCUUCUCAACCCCGCCUAGAUCAUUCAUUUCAAAAUUCAUGGGAUGCAUUUAUUGCACAAGAACUAGAGCGUCGCGCUGCAUUUGCGCAGGCUAAUCAUGUGCCAGUCAUGGCAACCAUGAACCCAAAUCUGUACCAUGGUCAAUACUUCUAUCCUGGACCUAUGACGACGGCUACGGAUGUUCAACUUCUUAACCAGACCCAGGUGUCCGGAACCGUGGAUAACGGGGCCGCUUCUGCUAACGUGUCCCCGGCAACGAGAGACCCCCAUACUCCUCAGGGUAGUCCCUCCCGCACACAUGGCGUAGCGCAUCCAGAGCAAGUCUCAGGACCGCGACGUAGCCAUAUGGAAGCGUUUACAAUGGACAACAGACACAACACGGGUCCGUCGGAAUAUCGGAAUACUCGUCCUCGCCUUCUACCAGGAUCGCAAGAGGCUUCUUUCGCAGCGCACCACGCAGCAUUACAGCGUCAGUUCGCUGCAAACGGAACAAACCGACCUUUAUCGAGUAACCAACAAAGGGCCACUUCCCGCUAUGUGAAUGCAGCUCUGCGACAUUUCACGUUCCAACAUCGCGGACAGUCUGUUGAGCAAGUAAAUAUAGAUCUUAACCGAUACGCCGCAGAUCAUUCAGGAGCUUCAACGGUGAAAAAGGGACUCGAUAACCAAAACGAUGGGCGACCGAAGCCUAAAGAGAGCUCUGAAAUGAAGAUUGAUUUCGAUUGCCAGAUCUGCCGGAGUCAGACGGUUGACACUGUUAUCAUUCCAUGCGGCCAUGCCAUUCUUUGUCAAUGGUGUGCAGAGCAGCAUAUCCCCACGUUCCCUGCCUAUCCCACCAGACCUCGUGAGCAUGCGAAUUGUCCACUUUGCCGGAAACCGGUUCGUGAGAGGUACCGGAUCUUUACUCCCUGAAUCGCCUGUACCUUCAUGAUCCGCCUUUUUCAGUUCCUUCUCAUACUUUCCUGUGAUAUUAUGGACCAAUGAUGAUAUAUUUGCCGUUAUACCCUGCAUAUACCGAUAUUGCGGUUGAUGGCCGUUUGCUUUGUUUUGUUUUCCAUCCCCCCACAUCAUCAAAAUCAUGAAGUGGCGUUUUAAAUUUGUUUUUCGGUAUUUCUGUGCUUGCAGCCAUUCUUUUUGGUAUUUCUUUCCCCCAAGCAAGACCUGUAAGAAUGUUUUCUGAACUCACAUGGAAGUACGGAGUAAAAUGGGUCCGUAUUUACUCAGUCCCUGGCAUGUAUGAUUUCACCCCCCCCACCCCGCCGGCGUGAUCACUUUGUCUGUCGCCUUGAUUGAGAUUUCCAGGAUUAGUCUUGUCAAUAAUAAUGACCGGAGGCCGUCUAAGUUGUUGCAAUACUGUUGGUGGUUCAGAGUUGCCAUCCAGCUUUUCCUUUCUGCAGCGGGUGGGUGGGAGGGCAACACCCACUUUUGACUCAGCUGGCAGACAUGGAUCUGAUUUGCUCUCU